AUGUCGACGCCCUGCACGCCGACGCCCUGGCGCGGGUCGGAGCACGAGAGCGAGCACCGCAUCGAGUCGAUGACGUCCCUCGAGUCGCCGCUGCGCCACACGGUGGAGAGCGACACGGAGGGCGAGAUCAUGAGCCACCGCGACUCGCGCGGCGAGAGCUUCCUGCUGAAGCGCGCGUCGGCGCCGAAGAUCCUGCUCGAGGUGCUGUCGCCCGGCGGCACGCGGCUCCUGUUCCUCGUCAUGUACGCGUCCUGCGCGCUCGCGAUCUGGCGCUACAACAGCGCGCGGACGGCGGCCGAGGCGCGGCACGAGGCGCGCGCGUCCGUCGCGGUGGAGCCGCUCGGCGACGGCGUGCCGGCGUCCGUCGGCAGCCGCGCCGUCUGGCACGCGCGGCUGAGCUCCCUCGGGGCGCUCUUCGGGACCACCGCGCUCACGGUCCAGUACCCGAACGCGACGGUGAACGCGACGACCGACGACGACGCGGCGCUGCGCCACCUCGUGUCCUACGCCGUCACCGUCGAGGCGUCGCGCGACGGCUACGAGCGGGCCUCGGGGCGGUGGUCGAGCGUGCUGGAGCGGCGGCGCGAGACGUGCGAGGUCGCGUACGCGUCGCCCGGCGACGGCGUCGCGGUGCUGCCCACGGCGCUCGCGUCGUGGUACCAGAACAUGGAGGCGGCGCCGUCGCGGUCCGGCGUGCGGUCGCUCCAGGUCUGGGUCGACUUCUGCCUGCCCGUGGACGCGGCGGCCUACGACGGCGCGUGCCACGUCGUGCAGCCCGAGGUCGCGAAGCUUCUCGCGGCCGGCGGCCAGUUCCGCGCGACGUACAGCGACGUCGACAGCCUGGACACGUCGGGCGAGGCCAUCGCGCGCGUCGCGCUGCUGGGCAUCUGGGCCGUCAUCGCCGCGGCGUGGCUGCCCUACGGCCUCGGCCAGAUCCGGGCGCGGCGCCGCGACGCGGCGGCCGGCGACGGCGCGGCGCCGCGGCUCGUGUUAUUACUUUUUGGCCUCUUGCUCUUCGUGGACCCCGUGGACUGCAUCGUCGAGAUGCUGCCGGAGCGGACCUUCGUGCCGCCGGCCGUCGCGUUCGGGUCCUUCGCGUCGCGGCGAUUCGGCGAGACGUGCCUCCUGGCCGCGUUCCUCCUCGCGGCCGACGGCGACGGCGCGGCGGCGUCGCGCGUGCGCGCGGCGCGCCAGGGCCGGCCGCCGCGGCGGCGCCACCUGCUGCGGCGCAACUGGUUCCUCGUCGCGCCCGCCGCGUACUGCGGCUUCUCGCUCUCCGCGCUCGCGAUGCGGUUCCCGACGCUCUGGGGCGUGGACCGCGCGCCGACGCUCGCCCUGGCGUCCUGGCCCGUGGACGCGUUGCGGGCCUUCGUGGCCUGCUCGCUGGGCAUCGUGCUGGCCAUGUUCCUCUGGGGCGCGCUCUUCGCGUUCUUGCUCGCGCGCGCGGGCGAUCGCCUGAACCGGACGCCCUACGUGCUGAGCCGGCGGCACCAGCUGUCGUACCGCUACUUCAUGCUCCAGGCGACGCUCGUCGCGGGCAUCGGCGUCGCGUCGUACUAUCAUCUCGGCGUGGAAUUGUUCCACGGCUACCGGCGGAAUUUGCUCGUGCUGGCCAAGGGCCAGCGGCACAACGAGGUCCAGUUCACGUCCGCGCUCCAGGAUCUGGCCGGCGCGCUGGAAGCGUUGGUCGCCGACGACGUCCGCGACCUCGCGUCGGCCUUCUGCUUCACGGUCUACGUCGCGCUCAUCCUCUACCUGCACCUCCCGCCGCCCGCGGAGCGGUCCGCGCCCGAUUCGGAGCGGUCGCGGCCGAGCGUCGCCGCGCAGCUCCUGCCGCGCCAGGUUUUGGAGGACCUCGGCGAGCUCGGCAACCUGAGCGGCGUCCUCGUCGGCGCGCGCUUCGCCGUCGACGAGCGCGCGGACCGGAAGCGGCGCCGCCAGAUCCGGAAGCGGACGGGCCGCGCCGCGGAGCCCGUCUUCGUCGUCGAGACGGCGUCCUGGCUCGCCAAGGUGUCCGUGGAGUCCUACUACGACGUCGCGCCCAAGGGCGACGCCGACGCCGGGGACGGCGGCGCGCCUCCCGUGUCCGGCGGGUCCUACGGCAUCGGCGACGCCAAGGGCCGCUGCGAGCUCGUCCCGCUGGAGGAGCUCGUCGGCGCCGAGGACGACACCUACUGCCUCGUGGCGCGCCACGCGACGCGGCCCUACGUCGUCGUCGCGUUCCGCGGGUCCGCGUCGCUCAAGCACUGGUACGUGAACCUCGACGUGCGGCAGCGGCGCGUGGACUUGCGCGAUCUGUCGCCGGAGGCGGCGGCGGCCGUGCCGCCGCCGGGCCGCUUCACGCCGCGCUUCACGCCGCGGGCGCGGCGCCGGCGGUCCGCGACGCCCGCGCCCGAGGCCGACGCCGCGCUCGAGGACGGCGAUCUCGACGACGACGACGACGAGGCCGGCGCGUCGCGCGAGGCCAAGGGCCCCAUGGACUGGUUCCUGCGGUCCGCGGCGGUGCUCUUCGGCGGCGUCGAGCGCGGCGUCGUCGCCGCGGAGCGCGCGGCCGAGGGCCUGGGCCGCGCGUCCGGCGCCGCCGACGUGAUCCCGGAGCUCGAGACCUUCGUCCACCCCUGCGUCCACAACGGCUUCUGGCGCGCCUACGCGGGCGUGCGGCCGAGGCUGCUCGCCGCCGUGGCCAAAGCUCUCGACGGGGAGCCGCUCUGUCGCGUGCUCUGCUGCGGCCACAGUUUAGGCGGCGCGCUCGCGCAGGUCGCGGCCGCGGACCUGGCGACGCACUGCCUGCCCCAGCGGCGCAAGCAGACGCGGCUCUCGUGCUACACCUUCGGGUCGCCGCGCGUCGGGAACCACAUCUGGGCGCGGACGUUCGACGCGCUCGUGCCCGACGCGUACCGCGUCGUCGCGGACGGCGACGUCGUCCCCGCGGUGCCCCGCUGCUGCUUCCGCCACGGCGGCACGCCCGUCGUCGUCGACCCCAAGGCCCGCGCCGCCGGCUUCCUCAUCGUCGACCCGUCCUUCAUCGAGCAGAGCCUCGCGCUCUCCUACAGCCGCAAGCUCGCGCCCCACAAGCUCGCGGGCUACGUCCGGGGCCUCUGGGGUGCCGCCGGCGCCUACGGCGACGCGCCGCCGGACGCCCUCCUCGACGCCCCCGACGCGCCCGACGACGUCGUCCAACACCGCGCGCCCUGCCGCUGCUGGCCGCGCCGCGCCGAGCCGCCGCCGCCGCCGGACGGCCCGGACCCGACGCCCCUCCUCCACUCGGACCGGUCCGCCGACAUGGUCUAA